UUUAUAUCUCCCCCGCAAUUCCUCCCGCUGCCGUUCCCCAUGCUUUCCCACCUGCAUCGCUAACCCUUCUUCAUCAUGGCCAAAGUGUUCUCCCGCGACGAGGUGGCCAAGCACACCUCCGAUGACUCCAUCUGGUGCAUCAUCGACCACCGCGUCUAUGACUUGACCGAUUUCCUCGAUGCCCAUCCCGGCGGCAGCGUCGUGCUGGCCCAGGUGGCCGGCCAAGACGCCACCGCUGCAUUCUACAACCUCCACCGCCAGGAAGUCCUCGAUAAAUACCGCGACGAGCUCUGCGUGGGCACCGUCGCCGGCGAAACCCCCGAAAUCACCACCCCCGAGCCCGGCAGUCUCAGCGCCGUCCCUUACGCCGAGCCCCUGUGGCUGCGUCCGCAGUUCAAGAGCCCCUACUACAAGGACAGCCAUCGUCGGCUACAGCGUGCCGUGCGCGAGUUCACCGAUCGCUAUGUCACCCCGGAGGCGCAGGAGAAGGAGAAGGACGGCACCUACAUCAGCCAGGAGUUGAUUGAUCGCAUGGCCGAGACGAACAUCCUGGCGAUGCGUCUGGGUCCCGGAAAACAUCUGCAUGGUCGCAAGUUACUCGGAGGUGUCGUUGACGGCGAGGAGUUCGAUUACCUGCAUGACAUGAUUGUGUCGCAGGAGCUUGUACGAGCGAACGCGCGAGGCUUCCAGGAUGGAAAUAUGGCCGGAAUGGCCAUCAGUUUGACGGCUGUGCAGCAAUGGCUCCCCAAUGCCCCUCUUCGCGAGAAGAUCACCGCGGAAGUCCUGUCCGGCAAGAAGAAGAUGUGUCUGGCUAUCACCGAAGCGUUUGCAGGCAGUGACGUGGCUGGCCUUCGCACCACGGCCGAAAAGACUCCGGAUGGCAAGCACUACAUUGUGAACGGGACCAAGAAAUGGAUCACCAAUGGCAUGUUUGCCGACUACUUCGUCACGGGCUGUCGUACGGAGAAGGGAUUCUCGGUACUCCUGAUCCCGCGCGACGAUAACGUGGAGACCAAGCAGAUCAAGACCUCAUACUCGACCACCGCAGGCACGGCGUUUGUGCAGUUUGAGAAUGUCAAGGUCCCCGUGGAGAAUCUGCUAGGCGAGGAGCACAAGGGCUUUAUUGUCAUCAUGAGCAACUUUAACCACGAGCGAUUCAUGAUGGCCAGUGGCGUUAUUCGCAUGUCAAUGACCGCGGUUGAGGAGUGCCUGAAGUGGUGCAACCAGCGUCUGGUCUUUAACAAGAAAUUGAUCGAGCAGCCGGUCAUGCGACAGAAGCUCGCUCGGAUGAUCUCUCUCUGCGAAUCGAACCAGGCAUGGUUGGAAUCCAUUGCUUUCCAGAUGUGCAACAUGACGUAUGCCCAGCAGGCCUCGAACUUGGGCGGACCGAUUGCUCUGCUCAAAUCGCAUGCCACUCGAUCGGCGCAGGAAAUCGCCGAUAUGGCCACCAACAUCUUCGGCGGUCGUGGAAUCACCCAGACUGGCAUGGGUAAGGUCGUCGAGAUGUUCCAUCGCACUUACAAGUUCGAUGCCAUUUUGGGAGGAACCGAGGAAAUUCUGGCCGACUUGGGCGUGCGCCAGGCAAUGAAGAAAUUCCCCAAGGCCAUGUUGUAAAGUAUUUUUGAUUGGGUGUCUUUCUUGAUUUCCACCCGUACAAAUAGGAUACCAAAGUUAGAAAUCGAUUCAUG